AUACAAAUGGCCAAUUAGCACAUGAAAAGAUGCUCAAUAUCAUUAGCCAUCAGAGAAAUCCAAAUCAAAAGUACACUGUGAUACCUUAACUGCUAGGAUUUCUGUAGUCCAAAAGAUUGUAACAAGUAUUGGCCAGGUUGUAGGAAAAGUGGAAUACACUGUAUGUGUUAAUGUAAAAUAGUGUGUCUCCUUUGGAAAACAAUCUGGCAAUUCCUCAGAUGGUUGACUAGACAGUUACAUAUGACCCAACAAUUGCACUUCUAGGGAUAUACCUGAGAAAUGAAAAUAUAUGAGCACACAAACACUUGUAGAGGAACGUUCAUAGGAGCAUUAUUCAUGAGAGCCCCAAAGUGGAGACCACCCAAAUGUCCAUCACCUUAUGAAUAGUCAAUAGAAUACUUUCACACACGGGACUAUUAUUCAGCCAUAAUGAGAAAUAAAAGACUGAUACAUGUUAAAAUAUGGAUAAACCUUGAAAACAGUACGCUAAGUGAAAGAAGCCAGACAUAAAAGCCAUAUGUUGUGUCAUUCCGCUUACAUAAAAUGCUACAGUACACAAAUUCAUAGAGACUGAAAUAAAUUAGUGGCUGCCAGGGGUUGGGGAAGGAGUAAUGGGGUAUGCUAUUUCUUUGGGGAGAUGAAAAUGUAUUGGAAGUAGAUAGUGGUCAUGGUUACUUCACUGUGACACUAAAACCUACUAAAUUGGACACUAACAGGAUGAAUUUUAUUUUAUGUAACCUAAAUGUUAGUUUAAGCUAGUAGGAAAUAAGGGGCAAGAGGAAGACAGUGACACAUCCCAGUUCUGAAUUGGGAAACAAUAGGGCAGCUGGGAAAAUGGCCCUGCUUUGGAGUUGGUAUGGUGAUGGGGAUGGUAAGUACUGUGAAUGUUGUGCACUGUGCUAAAUGCUUUAUUUUUAUGGCUAGUUUUCACGGUCCCGUCUUUAUGUAUGAGGAUGCCAAGGCCUGGGUUAGAACCAGGAUUGCAGCUCACGCAUUUUUGAUCACUCUGACCUCUUUCCCGCUGUGAUACAACCUCAGAGUCCAUGGCGGAGCCUUGUGCUGAUGGUCGUAUUGCCUCUGGCGGUGUGAGUGUGGGUGUUUGUUGUGCCUACCUAGACAUCUUCAUUUCUAAAACACCAGCUAUUUGUGUAUGGUAUGGUCUUUAUUUGUUUGUUUAUUUAUUUUGAGACGGAGUCUUGCUCCGUCACUGAUGCUGGAAUGCAGCGGCAUUAUCUUGGCUUACCACAAACUCCGCUUCCUAGGUUUGAGCGAUUCUCCUGCCUCAGCCUCCCCAGGAGCUGGGAUUACAGGCACCCGCCACCACACCUGGCUAAUGUUUGUAUUUUCAGUAGAGACAGAGUUUCGUCAUGUUGGCCAGGCUGGUCUUGAGCUCUUGACUUCAAGUGAUCCACCUGCCUUCGCCUCCCGAAGUGCUGGGAUUAUAGGCGUGAGCCACUGUGCCCUUCCUGUAUGGUCUUUAAUUGUAAGAAAAUUGAAGAGGGAGGCAAAUAAAGAUUUUACAGUAAUAACUCUAAUCUGAGUGAAAAGAGAAGUUCUUGAUUAUAGCAGAUUUGUUGUAUAAUUAAAUAGCUGAAAGUCCUUUAAAGAUAAAUUAAUAAAAUUGGUCAAAUCUGACAAAAUACAGAUGUCAGUAAUCAGAUAAUAAACUCCUGAAGUUGAACAGACAGCUGUGGAGGUGCAGUCACAGCACAAGCUCUGUUUUCUUAGGUUGAGAAGGGCUGAAUUGGUGGACCUUACAGACACUGUGGACUUAGGGUACAGGAACAGUGGAAUCCUGUCAUUUCAGCUCGGUGGUUUCUCUGAUACAGUAGGCUGGGGGAUGUGUGUGUGUUGUGCCUUAUUAUUUAGUGGGAUGAGAGGUGGAAGGGUCUUUUCAACUUGGAAUAAAAUAUAGACCUGUUUUCAAACUGUGGGAAAGUGGAUUGAGGUAAACGGGAAUUUAAUGUUAUCACACUCAUUAUCACCAUUAUGUGAAAGCUGUUGUGAGUGUGAUUAGAGUUGAAACUGAAAGAGAACAUGGACAUUACUUGGAGAGGCCUUCCUUCAGAUUCCACCUUGGCUGCUCUCUAUGUAACUUUUAUCAGUUAUUUCCCCACACAUGUCAAUACCUGCCUGAUGUGGUAGCGGGAGGAAUCAGGAGAGAUGUUAUGUGAGUUGUGGCACUCAGUAAGUGAAAAAUGCCACUUCGAACAAUGCCAGUGGAAGUUUGGCAGUGUCCCUUCCUAAAUACGUACUGAAAUCACACGAUGUGAAGCAAGAUUUUCCUUUCAUUGUAUACUGGCCGUGGUUCUCGUUCUGUUUUUUAACCUCACCGUUAACUUUCUGAAUAAUUUAUAUGUAAAAAUGUGUUAAGCAGAUGCUUCGAGUUUUAUUUUCCAUACUUCUGUAGUAAUGGAUGAUACAUUUUUCAAAUGUUAUAGGGAAAACUUCAUAUUGACCCAAAGAUUUUAAAAGCAUAUGAAAAAAAGUGAAACAUCCAAGUUAAUGUUCUUAACAUGAUAAUUCGGGAAGCCACUCUUCUUUUCCCAGAUUAACUGUUGUAAGCCCAAAAUUUAGUGGUCAAAAUAAAUAUUUCUGUUGUGAGAGCGAAAACAACAAAAAUACUGCAUUGGUUUGUUUUGGGGAUUAAUUAAUGGGUCAGUAUCUGUUGAAAUUACAUAUAUUUCAUUUCAGGGAAAGACAUGAAAUAUAUUGAAAAAUAGAUUUAGAUUUUGGUUUGGUUGGUUAUUUGCCAAUGAUGACUGUUUGAAGAGUUGGCCAGAAAGCAGAAGCCCCUUAAGAAAUAGUGGGGCCUGUCAGGUGGAAGCCGUACAAUGCUUUUUUCCCCAUUUUGCUCGGCCAUGCCAACUGAGCUAUAAACACUAGCCUCAGCUGCUUCCCUUUGGUAACUUCAGCUGGGGGUUAACCACUGCUUUGGGCUGGACACAGUGGCUCACGCCUGUAAUCCCAGCACUUUGGGAGGCUGAGGCAGGCGGAUCUUGAGAUCAGGAAUUCGAGACCAGUCUGGCCAAUAUUGUGAAACCCUGUCUCUUUACUAAAAAUACAAAAAAUUAGCUGAGUGUGGUGGUGUGCGCCUAUAUUCCCAGGUACUCGAGACUGAGGCAGGUGAAUCACCUAAACCCAGGAGGUGAAGGUUGCAGUGAGCCAAGAUGGCACCUUUGCACUCCAGUUGGGGCGACAGUGGGAGACUCCAUCUCAAAAAAACACGAACAGAAAACGACUGCUUUGUUUCACCUUCAGUGUUGUGAAAAUGAUCAGCAGAAAGGCACGUGGGGGAUUGCCCUGUGCCCUGAUAAACUGAGAUUCCUACUCAUUUGGUGACCAGUAAUGAGAAUUGGAUUCUCUUUCAACACUUCUGGUCCUUCAGAGGAAUUGAGUUUUCUGGAGGCAGUUAAGGAAUUGUUCCACAUUGUACAGAGUGUGUGCAUGGGGUUUGUGCUGUGUUCUGUGAAAAAGAGCAUGGUACUCAGUUAUUUCGUUUCCGUGAUCAAUGGACUUGAAACAGUUUUAUUUUUUAUCUUGUGGCUUAUUUUGUCCAAGGAGCAAUUACAGGCAGGGUUGGCAAUGGUAAAUUAAAGAAAUGGAACAAGGACAUCCCCUCCCCUCAGAGUACUGUGCAAAUUUCCUCUUUCUGAGCCUUCUCCCUGUUCUGCAUUUUCUCUUUGAUUUCUUUCCUUUGUUUCUGUGAUCCUGGCAUUGUGACACAAUAGAAUACGGGAUUAGUGGGAGGAAAUGAGGGCCCAAGCGAGGCUCUACGUCCAACUAUGUGUGAUUUUAGGAAUAUUAAGUGAUUUAUUUCGGUGUAUCACUUGUUUACUUGAUCAUUGUCUGUCUUCCUUUUAGCAUUUAAGUCCACAAAGGCAGGGACUUUGUGUGUCCUGUUCAGUCCUGUUCAUUUCAGUCCUGUUCAUCACUUGAUCUCUAGUUCCUUGAAAGGUACGCAGCACAUAAUGGGUAUUUAUCAAACUUUGGCUCUCUGGCCGGAGUUGUUCUUAUUUUGUAGAGGGAAGCAGGGAGAGGAAAGUGUGUGAGGAUCUCCUGGCUUCUUUUCUUUCUUUCUUUUUUUUUUUGAGAUGGAGUUUCACUCUGUCGUCCAGGCUGGCGUACAAUGGCGCGAUCUUGACUCAUCUCAAUCUUCGCCUCCUGGCUUCAAGCAAUUCUCUUGCCUCAGUCUCCCGAGUAGCUGGGAUUACAGGCAUGUACCACCUCGUCUGGCUAAUUUUGUAUUUUUAGUAGAGAGGAGGUUUCUCCAUGUUGGUCAGGCUGGUCUUGAACUCCUGACCUCAGGUGAUCUGCCCGCCUCGGCCUCCCAAAGUGCUGGGAUUACAGCCCUGCUCUGGGGUUCUUUUCUAAUCUAAAAUUGAUGAUUCUCCUCUACUGUUCAUAUUAUUCCUUAACGGGAUCAAAUGAGACUAUAAGUAAAUUUCCAAAAGCAGUCAUUACCAAAGCAGUGUGGAACAUUCAUUGAUAUUUAGCAUUUUAUUGACUAGAAUGCUAGUUUCACCUCUAUACAAAAAUAAUAGUUGAUUUUCAUAGUAGGAUUGACACAGUGUCACAUCCAGAAACGACUUCUGAAUUGUUAGUGUUAAAUUUGCCCUGUAUAUGACAUUUUAUUUGAUUGUACAGUUAUUAUAAUCUAUCUAAAUUAGCCAUAUUUGUCACAUGUAAUCACUUUCUAAAGAAAAACACCUUUUUCUGACCUGUUGGGUAGCAAAACUUUACCAACGUUAGGUGAAUUUUAUAUUUCUACACAUUCUUUGAAACCCAUUAGCUUCACAAAAUUGGAAUAUAUAUGGUUAUUUUCCAUCUGUGACAGGUGUUACCUGAGUAUCUUCAGAAUGGGUUCUUAAUUCGUUAUUGUACCAAGGAUCCCACUGGCACACUGGGGAAGCCUUUCUUAAAGUAAAAUAGAAAAUUCACAGGUACAAAGGAGACCAAUUUUUUCAAAACUGGUCAGAUAUAUUUUUUUAAAAGGUGAUACAUAAUUUUUAUGCUGUUCUAUUAGCACAUUAAUCAGAUCCAGCAUCAGAUCUAAUAACUAAUAAUUUUGAAGUUGUGAUGAUUAUAAAGAUUAAUAUUUCUAACAUUGUAAUGUGAUAUGGAAAUGUCGCAUUUUGUCUGUAACUAAGUCAGAGGUACUGCUGAUACUCCUAUGAUUUGCUGCCUACCUUUAUGAAUCUGGGAAAUACAAAAUUUCAGCUGGAUGUUAGUGAAUGAUAAAGAUGUAAUGUCUGUCUGAGAUCAUGGUCCUCUGAAUUCUGUUCAUCUUCUUUCGGGGGUGGGGGGUGGGAUAAGGCUCUGGCCCCUAUAGGUGAGUAGUAAUAGUAUGUUUGAAACUUCGAACCAUAGCUCUGUUACUGCGAAGGGCCCAAAGUGAUUUCCUGAUACCUCGUGUCUAAUCUUAUAAUCUUAGUGGGCUAGUACAGUAGUAGAAAGAGCAUGGGUUUCAGAGUAUUCCAAACAUGGGCUCCCCCCUCUACAGCUACAGGUUGAGUACCGUGGAAAAUACUCUAACUUCAGGCUUGGCCUUUGUUUCUGGAAAGGUACAGCUCCAUCCUUCCCUGUGGAGAUUGUCUGGGCUGUCUCAUAGGUGUGACAGUCUUGAACGGUAACAUGUUCUGUUUCAAUGUUCGGAAUUAUUUGAUGUUGAUGAAUAUGCCAGUUGCUUGUUGGGUUAACUCUGGAAGACCCUGUUCUGUGUAUUGGCAUCCCUGGACUAAUCUGCCCGUGUUUCCGUGGACCUGAGUGUGCCUGAGAAGCUGGACUGAAAAGACGUGACUGGGCACCUUCUGUGAUGUGUAGUGGACAGGCACUGCAGAUGCCCACUGUUGACAGCUUCAUUCACACCUCAGAAGCAGCCAACUGGGCACAAAUAAAGCCAUCAAAUGUCUAUUUACUGUUUGUCACCUACCAGAAAGCCUGUCCCUUAAAAUACCAUUUCUGUUUAAUCUGAAAUAAUUAUUUGAUCCAUUUUAGUAUCGAUUGAAACUCUGUGGAUGGAACUUUUUCACUCGUCCACUGUUCUUAUGUGCCACACAUUUGUUUGGAGGAUUAGAUUUGAGUUUUGACGUUUGAAUUUGGUUCUUUUUGGUAUUUAGGUCAGUAAUAGACAAUAAAGUGUGAAAAAGUGGAAUGGCAUUUCCAGUGAGAGUAUCUGGGUAUGAAUCUUCUCACCCAUUUAGCUGACCGUAGGUUAACUUACUUAAUUAUAGCUGAAGAUUCCUCAGCUUGAAUAUAGGACUGUGAUGCUGCUUAUGUUAGAUCUUCUGAGUUUUAUACAAGGCAAGCUCUAUGCCAAGUGUUUUAUAAACUAUUAAGUAAAAUGCGCACAUUGUAGGAGGUGCUGUUGUCACUUUUUGUGCUGUUUUCCUUUCAGCAUCAGUGCCCAGUGCUGUGUUUUUUGGACCCCUGCUUUGAGAUGAGGCCUCUUGGUUCUCAGCAGUAUCUGGAGAAGCUUAGCUCUCUAACCGGAGAGGGAUUCCCUCUUUGCCCAUGGGAUUCUCUAUUUGGGGACAGCUCUGGGCUAUGGUAAAAUGGAGCUGUAGCUAGCUAAGAUGUGUCUCUUAACCUUGCUGGACUUCCUUCUUAAUUUGGAAAGUCUUAAUAAACAAUUUAAUUGGCCCUUCAACUACAGUAUUAUGUCAUUCACUGAAGUAGUUGGAUCGGAGAGGUACCUAGAAGAUUUGUAUUUGUUUCCAUUGUCCUGUCCAACCCUCAGGGGUUACCGCCAUUGGACAGUAGCACCUGGAAAGUGCCAGGUGUGUCUGGUAAAGUACUCAUCGUUGACCUUAUUUAUAUAUGCUUUAGCUGUGCUCCUUUGCCAGAUUAAAGACUUAAAUAAGUGUGAGUAGAAGCUUGGCUGUUUUUCUGAGUGUAUAUAAAAGCGUUGGCAUGUACAAAGCCAGUGGAAGGCUUGCAAUUUUUGAGAGUGUCACCUCUAAAAUAAGCCCGUGAAUAAGAUUUAUGCCCGGAAAUGCUGAAGACAAGCAUCAGUACCUUCAGUAUCUUUAGCUGUGAUUCUCCUGAACAGCAAUACUUAAUUUGUUAUCUAGAGCUAACCCUUCUCCCCUCAGUCUAUACCUUACCUGUUACCUGCAGUUAGUGUGUGCGUUAAAAAUUAGGCACCACCAGGGUAGGCGGUGUGUCCCUUAGUCCCAGCUACUCGGGAGGUUGCCACCAGAGGAUCGCUUGAGCCCAGGAGUACUGGGCUGUAUUACAGUAUGCUGACAGAGCAGCGGCAGUAAGUUUGGCAUUAACGUGGUGACCUCCAGAGAGCUGGGGACCACCAGUUUGCCCAAGGAUGGGUGAAUUGGCCCAAGUCAGAAAUGGAGCAGGUCCAAACUCCCAUGCUGAUGAGUAGUAGGAACAUACCCAUGAAUAAUAGCCACCGCACUCCAGCCUGGGCAACACAGCGAGACCCUGUCUGUUAAAAAAAAAAAAAAAAAUUAAGCACCAAUGGGAUGGGAAGUUUAAGAAUUCUAGACAUAAAUGAGAGUGCUCAUAAAAAGUCUGGGGACUUUUUGUUCAUUCAUUGAACUAAUUAGCUAAAACCUUCAUUUUGAUCACCUAUAAAACAGAUAAAGUUAGGUGUUUAGACUUAAUCACUGGCAAGAACCGUUUGAGACAGGCAAAUGGAAUUUUCAAGUAACUUUUUCCUCUUCCUGAUUCAGAAGAGAAUAUGUGUUAUCAAGCUGUAAGUACUCUGCAGGAUAAUUUUUUUCAUUGUUAUUUUAAGGGUGUUUAGAAACUUGGAAACAUCACCAAUCAUUUAUUUUUCCUUUUGAAUACAGCAAUAAUCAUGUUCGGUGGCAAAAGGAGCUGGUCCUGAACUUAGAAUGACAAUGAACGUUUGGAAAGAUCAAAUAUUAUUUCAUCACUGUUAGCCAUUUACAGAUGUAAAGAGAAAGGAACUUAGAAAGUAGUUUGAUGUUUUCAGCAACACUUUUAAUCGUUAAAUUUGAAUAUAGAAAAGGAAGUCUGAAGAUUAGGGUAAUAUAUUCAAUUCUUUCACUGUUUUUAAUUUUUUUUUUUUUUUUUUUUAUAAUUUUGAGACAGAGUCUUGCUCUGUCUCCCAGGCUAGAAUGUAGUGGCAUGACCUCCCUUGCACAAGUGAUCCUCCCACAUCAUCCUACCAGGUAGCUGGGACAACAGGCACACGCCAGCACACCCAGCAAAUUUUUAUAUUUUUUAUAGAGAUAAGGUUUCACCACAUUGCCCAGGCUGGUCUUAAAUGACUGGCUUCAAGCAAUCACCCGCCUUGGCCUCCUGAAGUACAGGAAUUAACAGUCAUGAACCGUCACAGCCAGCUCUCUGACCAUUUUUAGGUCAAGCAGAUCUUAAUCUAUAAAAUAAAAUGUUUGACCAUUUACUACUAUAAAACUCUUCUGUUGCUCCUGGAACCUUCCUUUAGCCUAAUUUUUCUUUCUCCUGAUGGUACUUGGGUGAUGGUGGUAAGAGCUGGAAGCACAGGGGAGGUUGACUAGGGCAGGUAGAGUCCUUAGGUUUCAUGUCUCUGCCCCACCUGAAGAACAAGCUUGCCUUUCCUCUUUUAUAUUAUCUACCAUAUUAGAAAAUGCAGAGGAAGGAGUUAGUGCAAAUUGGCAAAGUGAGUUCUGAUGUUUUUGUACUCCUGGUCGCUGAGUGAAAUAAAACUGCUCAGCCACCUAUGGGUUUACAGGAGUACGUACGCUGGAGAUGUACGAGCUUUCUGUGUACCUGCUUACAGUAAAAUCACACUUACAUAAAAUAAGAUCAGGGAUGACAGAUGUAAAAUUAACUGGAUUCAGAUUUGCUGAGAUUUUAGAAUAGGAUGUCAGCUGUUUACCAGAGUUACGGAGAAAGGUUUUAAUAAUGACGUGCCAGUAUUCUUGGCAGAUACCAAAUCUAAGCAGAUACACCUAAUUCUUUUAGUUUGGCUUGCUUUCUUAUUCAUUUACUCAUUUAACCAACAUUUACUGAAAGCCUUCUCUGUGCUCAGUUGCUUCUGAGGGUCUUGCAGUUGGGUGGGAGAGACAGAUCUAUAGUCCAAGCUGCAGGCUAGAGGUGCUGAGGGGAGAGGUAAGCACCAGCCUGGUUGGGAGGAUCCAGAACUCUGCCUACCCAUCCGCUGAGUCCGUGCAGCUUGUUGAUAUUGACCAACCUUUUUCUUCUCUUUGUUCAUUGUUCACACGCUCACUUUUAUCUGAGACUUUGUCUCUUCCUGGAAUGGCCUGGGAUCCCACUUCAAACAUGUUGGCAGCAGUGAGAAAUUCAGCUUGAGCCUGACUUUUGCAAAUUCAUUUGAUUCCAGUUUUCUGUGUCCAGGCAACUCACCCAGUGUUUUUUGCCACCCCAGCAAACUGGCUGUCAGCACAUCACGCUACAUACAUUUGUGGGUUCCUAAGUGUCCAUGUGCAGAGUCUGCCUAUUUCCUGGAUCAUCCUGGGCCAUCUGGGGCAGGCUUUUUAAUUUUUUUCUUCUGCCUCCUGCCUUUUAAGCUUCCCUUUUGAUUCUUGUCGCUUGUAGCUCAGCAAGAGUAGAAGGAAAGAGUUUCAGGAACUGAGGAAUUUAUUAAAAUUCCUUUGAGGCAUUUCAGUUUAGUAAGAGGAACUACCUUUUCUGUUAGCUAAGAACAAAUUAAAAAAAAAAAAACUCAAAAAAAAAAAUGUUUUUAGGAGCUCUGUUUUCGUUCUUAUAGACAAAAUUGAUUCUCCUUUACCCACUUCUGUGUCCUCGAGUGUAUUAUUUCCAUUUCCCUAAGCAUCAUUCUUCUUAUUUAAAAUGAAGAUCACUGUAACUGUGUGUGCCUCAUAGGAUUGUUGGGAGGAUUUAGUGAGGUGGUAACAUUAACAGUAGUAGUUGAUGAGUAAGAUUUUGCUAUAUUGGGUCUUUGUUUCGCUGUUGCGGCCACAGCCAUGAGUAUGCUCAGGCUUCAGCAGAGGCUCGCCUGUAGUGUCCUCUGUUGUGGCAAGAAGGUCUGGUUGGACCCGAAUGAGACCAAUGAAAUCGCCAGUGCUAACUCGCGUCAGCAGAUCCGGAAGCUGAUCAAAGAUGGGCUGAUCAUCCGCAAGCCUGUGAUGGUCCAUUCCCUGGCUCGCUCCCGGAAAAACACCUUGGCCCACUGGAAGGGCAGGCAUGUGGGCACAGGUAAGCAUAAGGGUACAGCUAAUGCCCGAACGCCAGAGAAGGUCACAUGGAUGAGGAGAAUGAGAAUUCUGCGCCAACUGCUCAGAAGACACCGGGAAUCUAAGAAAAUUGAUAGCCACGUGUAUCACAGCCUAUACCUGAAUUUGAAGGGGAAUGUGUUCAAAAACAAGUGGAUUCUCAUGGAACACAUCCACAAGCUGAAGGCAGACAAGGCCUGCAAGAAGCUCCUGGCUGACCAGGCUGAGGCCUGCAGGUCUAAGACCAAGGAAGCACACAAGGGCCCUGAAGAGCGCCUCCAGGCCAAAAAGGAGGAGAUCAUCAAGACUUUGUCCAAGGAGGAAGAGACCAAGAAAUAAAAGCUCCCCCUUCGUCUGUGCAUACUGGCCUCCGUGAUUCCAUAGACCAGCCAUUAAAAUAAAACAAGCCUUUAUCUGC